AUGAACGGCACGGACGACGCGGCGGAGGCGGGCGGGGAGCGACGGAGACGGGGCCGCGGCGGUUGUGCCGGCGCCGCCGCGAGCUGUCGCGCGGGCCGCCGGGCGCCCUUCCCAAGCUCAAGAAGCGUUCGCUUGACUCCAUGGAAGCGCAACUGGCUGGACGACGACGAGUCGAGGUGCCGGCCACGCCGCGCACCCCGCGCACCUCCACCACGCCAGAUAUUGAAAACACCUUUCGUAUCCCAUCGUCAUCAUGGAUUUACUCGAGUUCAAUUCUUCUCAGAGGAGCAAUACGAAGUGCUAAGCCGACAUGUGUGGAAACGUGACCUUUGA